UAUUUGUAUAGCAAUUACUAUAUGUAUUGAACUGUUAUAUCAAUGAUAUACUAACUUAUCACAUAUACAACCCAUUGACUGACUAACUGACUGACUGACCACCCGAUGACCUACAAUGACCACAACAUUACCGACGCCGUCACCGCUGCCGCCGAAGGACUCGUUCGAUCGGUUCGGCGACGACUUAUCCGGACUAUUGUUAGCUCAGUUGCCGACACUUGCGGACCGUUUUCGCUAUGGAUGUGUUUGCCGUCAAUGGCAGCGAUUGGUUUACAACGGCCAACAGGAACUGGUUAUCGAUCGGGAAUUAGUCGAUAAACUAGAGGCCAAUACAACGGCAGAGUCAGCAGCAAUGGACAGGUUAUCAAAAUUGUUGGCCAAAUGUCCGUUAAUUUCCGCCAUAAAACUCCGUAGAGAUAAUAUAGACUACGAAAUGAUUCACAAGAUUAUGGAUGUAUUGGUGGACAACAACACCGCCGACAGCGGCGGCGGUCAACAAAUCACAUCAUACGAAGUCCGUAGCCGUCAAAGUGAGUCUCAUACAGAUCUGUACCGAYUGGUCGACCAAAUCAAACAAUUUCGUCGACUAARACRUCURGCSAUUGACUGUCCGCUAGUAUACGGUUCGAGUAAUCCAUGCGCUAAUGUAUUGCCCGCAGUGGCCAACAUGUGUCCYGAUAUCCAGUCSCUUAAGAUUCGUGUCAAUUGUUUUGUUGCGGCAAAUCUGCGGAAUAUCUUACGCGAUGUUCAACUGUUUCCGCGGUUAGAACGGCUGAAGUUAGGUCUCUAUACAGUACAGGACGGYCAGCGGGUGUUUUCCGUCAAAUUGUUGGCCAACUGCCCGARACUUAAGUACUUAUGGYUKCAAUGUUCGCCCGAUAUGUCCUUUACGGAUGUCGACAAAAUCAAUGGCCACCGCCGACUCCUGAAGCCGGCAAUUGUUASCACUGGUGAUCCCUAUAAUUAUAACGGUUAUAGUAGUAGUCUUACCGGUAGUGGUAGUGAUAAUGAUUAG